UGGGCGUCGCUGGACGCUUGGCGCGGCCGGUGCAGUCGCCGCCGAGCGGCCGGGUUCGGUCAGGAGGGUCACUCACCCUCCGCGAACCCGGUACGGCCGGAGGCUGCGGACGGCGAGAUCUGCUCUGCAGAGAGCAGGAGAGUCAGUCUGCAGUCUGACGGACGGGCGGCACUCCCUGUGAGCGAGGGGUUAGGACGACAGAGGCAGGUGUGUGAGGGAAACGGACCGGAACCCUGCUCCGCCAGCCGUGACCUGUCAUGUUCAUCACUCCUGGGUACGGACGGUGGCGGUGUGCGGUGGGGGCGGCCGUCACCGUCUGCCUCGUGGUCAUCGCUCUCCUCGUCUCGGGAGUCAUAGUGCUGCCGUUCAAAACAAAUCACGAGACGGACCCAUCUCAAUGGAUGGCGGAGGACCUGAGCUCUCAGCCUCAGCCCGGCUGUGACUGUGUGUGGCGCGUGGGCUGCGUCCAGUACCGCUGGCAGGUGAACCUGACGGACGCCUGGCACGGCUGUGGAAUCGAGCAGCUCAGCGACAGCACACUAUCUCAGUGUCUGUCCCUGCGGCGACAGCAGCGGGGUCGCAGUUUACGUCUGAGGGUGGUGGGCCACGUACGGGAGGCGUUUUUUCGCCGACUACCUGCGCCAGCGACUGGGCGCCGCUCCCGCACAGGAGGGGUGCCGCCUUGUCAGCACCGGUCCCGGAGAGAAGGUGUUGGGGAAGGAGGAAGACAACCAGGUGGUGACCAAGGAUGGAGGUCAGACGUGCGUCAACGUCUACCAGACGAACGACAUACGGCUGGAGUACAAACUGCUGGGUCUGAUGAGCGAGGACAUCUUCAACUACGUGGGCCACCUGAAGCAGGAGUGUGAGACACACGGGUGUGAGGCGGACCUUCUGAUCAUCUCCGGAGGCGCAUCGGAGCUCCUCAACUCCACGUUCCUGGAGAGCUUCGAGGGCGUCAGGCGGUUCCAGCGCCACUUUAAGCGUCUGCUGCCGCUGCUGUUUGAGCUGGUCACCGGCCACGGAAUGCAGGUGGUGUGGAAGGUGCACGAGCCGGUCACAGACGAGCUCAUCGCUGACACGUCCAUGGUGCGCAACGACCUGCUGCAGGAGUACAACGCACUCAUCAUGGAACAGACGAUCCGCUCUCCUCUGCGUGUCUGGACCUCUCACAUGCUAAUGAAGCUGCGUCACAUCGAGGACUGCGCCGGUCUCAAGGACACGGACCAGUUGAACUCUGCCGACUGGCGCUGUGAGGAGGAGUGGGUGGCCGGAGACCGCGCACACCGCGAGUACGCUGACGCCCUCUUCAACAGCGUCUGCCACAACGUGGUGCGCAUGCCGGAGAACCCCUGCUGUAGCGCCUGAGACGGACAGGGGGGGGGGGGGGGGAACGUGGGAAGACCCUCCCCGGGAGGGUGAGGGUGGAAGGGCUGGAGAGGUGAAGAUACUCAUGGGGAGAUAUUAAUGUGCAGAUGUGGAGAUGUGAUCUUUCAUCAUUGUGACAACUGACGAAAACAGCCAACAGGCAUGUGAAAGAAAUGAGUGGGCAUUAAAUCAAAUUGUCUGGA